AUGUCUUGUCCUGUUAUUCGUGCGACAAAUGUCGAUAAACAUCCUGGUCAACUUGAUCUAAGGGUAAAAAGACGCACCCAGGCAGAGGUAAAAGAGGCCAAAAGGGCAGAAGAAAAGGCCAAGGAGGAGACGCAGCUAGCCAAGGUCAAGAAGUUGAAGAAGAUUGCUGAUCUGGAGGACAGAUUGGCCAAUGACACAGCCAAAAUUGAGACUGGAUGUAUCACACAGUCAUCUCAGCAGCCUGAUGGUCACCAUGAUGCAGACAACCGUCUUCAGCAGAUUGAACAAGCUGAACAAGAAGCGAUAGGAGAUGCAUCCGAUGCUGAAGGCUCUGAACUUACAGAUAUCGAGAUGGAGAAUGAGCGCCCGAAGAAGAAGCCGAAGAAGCAGUCCACCAGAAAAGCCAUAGAUGCCGCUCACAAACAGAAUGCGAAGGAGACUAACAAGUGA